UGGCUACUUUGGUAGAGCUUCUGGCACGAGCGCUUCCUGUUGGUUGGACGAGGGAGCGUCAUUUCCGGGCAGAGGACGGUCAGAGGCGAACGAGCGCCCACUCUCCACUUCACUCAGACGCCGUAGAAACGUCUCCGGAGCUGGAACGCCGUGGAGGUUGGGUAGACGCACGUCACCGGGAGCUUGACGUGGUUUGGGAGUAAAACCGGAGCUGGCUGUUAUGGAUUCCUAGCAACGCAGAGCCGGUGGAGCCCAGAGAAACUUUAUUUUCCAGCGUGACGGAAACACGGUUUGUUUGCUGAAUCCGCUCUACGGGACUGGAUGUAAUACGUGUUCCGCUGCGCUGCCGGGUCUUCGGAGCUGGAGCGGAGCUGCGAGACACCAGAGAGGAGGUAGCCACCUGACCUCCUGGAAAAUAAGACGGCAGCUGAUGACUCUCGGGCUGACGGACUUAGUGGCGCAUUUAAGCUUCUUGAACGAAGCGGGGCGAGCUUUCCACGAGGCUUCACCUGCUCACAAUUAACUCACAGGUGCUUUCAUUUACGGUCAACAGAAAUUAUUUUGUUCUGUCUGUGAAAUUCGACCAGUUGGAUGCACUUUUCUCCCUUAGAGCUCGGAUUAAAGUCAUGGAUACACCCGGAGACCUUGUGAUGCUACCGGCCGGUCAGAUCCCGCUCCCCCAGCCCGUGAUGCCUGCUCUGUAACCCCGCAUCAGCGUGGCGCCGCGUCCCGGUAGCACCACCAGGAUGAGCAGCACCGACUUGGAGCGCAUGUCGCUCAGCUCCUCGGCCAACUCGGUGGCUUCCAGUGCCCGGACUUUGUCCGCCAACGUCAGGAAGCUCCACAACGCGCUCAACCUCUUGCUGAACGACUUCGAGAGGGAGCAGUUCAUCCACUGCCUGAAUGUCUACCACUCCAAACGCAACGUGUACGACCUGGUGCAGACCCUCAACGUGAUCCUCAACGCGCCCAGCAAGCGGCAACUUCUGCCCAUGCUGCGGCUGGUCAUCCCCCGCUCGGACCAGCUCCUCUUCGAGCAGUACACUUCGGAGGGCCUUUACUUAAAGUCGGAUUUAGUUGCGAGCAACGGCAGCGCCGACCCGCCACCGGGAGACCUCCCCAGCGCGAGCCCGACGCCGUCCGGUCACCUGUCUCCGAACAACCCUCCCGAGUUCCAGGUGGCUCUGCGCGGCUCGCCGGACAGCUUCAGCACCAGCAGCGACGGGACAGCCCCCCUGGUGCCUCUGCUCGGCCGGAACUUCAUCCACGAACCGCCGGGCGAGCUGCGCCAGGUCACCAUGAAGCGACACAAGAGCAACGAGGGCCUGGGCUUCAGCAUACGGGGUGGCUCGGAGCAUGGAGUCGGGAUCUACGUGUCGCUGGUGGAGCCCGGAAGCCUGGCGGAGAAGCAGGGGCUCCGGAUCGGUGACCAGAUCAUGAAAGUCAACGAGAAAGUUUUUGAAAAAGUCACCCACGCUGAUGCAGUCAAAGUCUUGAAGGGAAGUAAAAAGCUGUGUCUUUCGGUGCGUUCGGUGGGCCGGAUUCCAGGCGGCUACGUCACAAACCACGUUUAUACCUGGGUGGAUCCUCAGGGUCGGAGCGUAUCCCCUCCUCCCGACCUGCCCGAGCAUCGGAGCGCCACCCUGAGGAGGACCGACAGUCAGCGGCGCAGCAACAUGCAGCUUCUGCAGGAGGGAGAUGAAAAGAAGGUGAAUUUGGUUCUGGAUGACGGCCGUUCUCUGGGUCUGAUGAUCCGAGGAGGAGCUGAGUACGCUCUGGGGAUCUACAUCACUGGUGUGGAUAAAGGCUCAGCAGCUGAGUGCGGAGGACUGAAGGUCGGCGACCAGAUCUUGGAAGUGAACAGCCACAACUUCCUGAGCGUCCCACACGACGAGGCAGUCCGAGUGCUGAAGUCCUCCAGGCACCUCAUGAUGACCGUGAAAGAUGUGGGUCGCUUGCCGCACGCCAGGACAGUGGUAGGGGAGACCAAGUGGAUCGCCAGCUCGCAGAUCGGAGAGAGCUCUGCCAACAGCAGCAUGGCCAGCUUCUCUGUGGAACAGGGAGCUUCUGCAGCAGGAAAGCCAGGGUUUUAUAAGGGCGUGGCGGGCUCUCAGCUGACCCUGUCCAGUCUGGUUAACCAGUCCCGGGCCAUGCUGGAGGAGCAGGCCCGUCACCUGCUGACUGAGGCUGAGCGUCAGACCAUGAGCUACUACGUGGAGGAGUACAGGGACGGCCACGUCGGCAUCGAGCAGCUGGUCAUGGCUCUGUUCGAGCUCCUCAACACGCACGCCAAGUUUUCUCUGCUGUCGGAGGUGCGAGGUCUGGUGACCCCACAGGACCUGGAGCGAUUUGAUGGACUGGUUCUUCGCCGUGAGAUCCAGGCUCUCAAAGCGAGGCAGGGAACAGCAGGAGCGACGACCCAGCAGCCGGACUCCCUGUCCAUGGUGUCGUACCCGGACACACUCACCUCUUCUUCAGCCAGCUUCAUGACCAACACCACCCUCAGCUCUGCACGGGAGAGGCUGCUCUGGCUGAUAGACAUGAUGGAGAACGACAGCGUGGCGGAGAGUAACAUGGAGGAUCCUCCGGAGAGUCUGAACACGUUGCUGACUGACAUCUCUCUGGAUGACGUUCAGUCCAGCACAACAGAGUCUCCCCCUUCCUUCAAGCCUCCCCCCCCACCUGGGGCCCAGAGGUACCCAAGCAGACGAGAUGUGCUGAUCAAGUGUCCCUCAUCAGAGUCCUCUCACUCAGGCUUGUACUUCACAGCCCCGACCGCUAGCAACCACGGCAAAGAGCCCGGAAACGGGCCCGCCUCGCCCCCGCUGCACCACAAACGAGACCCGUCUCGGGACUACGCCACUGUCAAAAAGAAAGAGCCCAAAAAAGUCAAAGUCACCUCCGCCCAGCUGGCAAAGGUCUCCCAGCUUAACAUUGGUCCUUUCCCCAGGGUUCAGUCCCCAAGCAGAGGGACAAAACCCGCCGCCCCGUCCCCGUCACCCCCACCGCCACCUCCACUCCCCGCUCCUCCUCCCCCUCCUGCCUCUCUUCUCUCUAAGCCUGUGUCCUUGUCCAAAUCCUCUCCGGCAUCGUCUCUGGCUUCCAAACAGCAGUUUGUUACUGUGGAGGUCUACAGGCCCAACGCAGAACCCGACGUCAACGAGGUCCGACCGCUGCCCCAAGCUCGAGGUGGCGCCCUUUCCCAGCUGUCCAACAGUGGACAGACCCUCAGCGAGGACAGUGGAGUGGACACGGCUGAGUCGGGACAUGUCAGUAAAGACAGCAGCCCGCUUUCCUCACGCACACGCCUCCCUCGAGACCCCCAGGGGGGAGGAGGAGGGGACACUCCCUCCAAACCGCCGGGGCUUUUGGAGCCUACCUCCACACUGGUGAGGGUGCCAAAGAGUGCCAGCACCCUUGGUAUCGCCAUUGAGGGCGGAGCCAACACUCGCCAGCCGCUGCCACGAAUCGUCACGAUACAGAGGGGGGGCUCGGCUCAUAACUGCGGCCAGCUGAAGGUGGGUCAGAUCAUCCUGGAGGUGAACGGGGUCUCCCUGAGGGGUCGCGAGCACAGGGAUGCCGCCCGUCUGAUCGCCGAGGCCUUCAAGACCAAAGAAAGAGACCACGUGGACUUCCUGGUGACUGAGUUUAACGUGGCUCUAUAGCUGUGAGCUGGAGGAGUGUGGGCUGUGCUAACACCCAGAGAAACGACUGAUUUAAAGGCACAAGUGUCAGACCUGAUCUCUGAGCCCUUCUUCUCGUUCACAAACUGACCUUUAAACACGAGUCUCUGAUACCCAAGGCAUUACUUUCACCCCGAACUUCCUGCAGGAAUCUCUCCAACGUGUUACCUCCCACUGUGAGACCUUUAUGCACUACGAUAGAAAAUAGUGAAUCUUUUCCUUUUAGUUCUCCUCUCAGUGUGAAAACGUGCGGCCGUUUGGACUCUAGCGGCUCCUCUCAUAGUACCGCCCCCUUUAUGUAUCUUUAUUCGCUUCAGUCUGAGAGGAAACUACGGCUGAAACUGGUCGAUGCUUGACUUUACAAGUUUGGAUUUGUACUGUACGUAUGUAAAAACUGAACAAAUGUAGAUACAGAUGGAUAUAUGCUGCACAUAUAAAAGUUCUCCUAUAUGAAUAAAACUAGAAAAACCCAGUGA